AACUCUUUGAACCCCACGUCAAGCGCACCAGACAGAGUUACCUCUGAAAGACUUGAUACAAUCUGAAGCUUUAGCAUUUCGUGUUUUAUCUGCGACACCAGAGUCUUAACCGUGCGACUUCCUGAUUGUCUUUAUCUCACGAAAUAAAACAAUUGAUUUGGUUAGUCCAGCUCAUUGCGGAGUGCAACCCAUGACUAGAUCGAGAAAUUAAAAGCAAGGACACUCUCCUUCCUCUUUUUCAAGAAAAGGGUAACCCUCGAGGGCAAGCCAUAAGGACAAGCAGGGAGCAAUAAAGAAGCCCAUUUGCUACACGAACCACUUGGGACAGCGCCAUGCAAAUCUCGCUUUUUCUCGUGUUGAUUUCGAGUAUUCUCUUUAUGAGCACAACGGCGACACGCAGGAUAAAGGGAGGGAAAAAGUGUCGAAGCUCCAUCACAGAACGAAAGUUCCGGAAAGACCUGCUCGUCACCUGCCCUAGGGAUAGUCUUCUUACCUCUGCCAACAUUGUCGGAGUCAAUGGCGGGUGUGAGGGCAUCUCCCCCGAGUUGUACGUACAGGAGCUACUGUGCCACUGGAAACCUUCUUGCCAGAUCGUAAACAAUAAGAAACCCACCUAUUUGCUCAUGCCCAAGGGAGGUAGUCCUUCAAACCUCCCUACAAGCCAAGAAUGUUUAGCAAAGACUGCGAAGAGCUUCAAAUUGAACUUUGAAUGCACGAAAGGCACACACGUGAUGAAUAUGCCUCACCGCACCCAGACAAGGGAGACAACUGCCCGAAAGGGGCUCAUCCGUAGCCACGAGGAGCACCCAUGGUUGUACAGCCGAGCUGACCACACACUGACCCUCUUGAACCCUGACCCGGCAAGGUCUAUGAACCUGCAGUAUACGUUCCGUAGCUUUCAUCUGUGGGACAAAGACUACUUGACUGUCACCUGGAUCGAUCAGGACACUGGUGCCAUAAGUACCGAGAUCUUCAGGUCCAACUUUACUCUUAGUAAAGACCACGUCAGCAAGCUAGCCACCAAUGCUGAGAGAGUGACCUUUGCCCUUCAAACGAUUACCAGUAAUGGAGGCAGCGGCUUUGUCAUCUGCUUUGCGUGGUCACAUCCAGACGAAAACCCCAAAAACUCAGGAGCAUGUGAAGGCCUGUUCCACAAAGCCAACUGUUCUUUCAUCAGUAAGACAAGACGACAGCGCAGACAGAAGCUGAAGCAGUCGUAGAGCCCCGUCUUGGUCACGUGACAGAGAGCCUGACAAUAUUGUGCUAUGAUGAUGAACUGCGGGCAUCGAACGCUUUCGUGCAAGUACUUGUAUGUGCGUUCGACUACGUGUGUGUCUGCUACUGUACGUGUACUGAUGGAUUAGUUAAUAUUUAUGUGCAUGCGUGUAUACGUAUUCAACAGAGAAAUAACAAAUACAUUUCGGGAGGUAAAUUUUGGAGAAAUGUUGAUAUUAUAGCAACCUCACUUUUUUACUAUUUCACACUUUAUUCACAUACUUGUGUGUGUGCGUGUGUGUGUGUUAGUCCUUUAAUACUACGUCACAUUCAACUUGAAUUUAGGGAAUUUGCUAUUCAUGUGUAAGUGCUGGGGAAUGCCCAGUGAUGGACCAUACAUGUGUGAUCUGAUUUACAAAAUCGACCCAACACUGCCUCUCUGGAACUUUAACUCGUUUGUAACCUGGAGACCGCUUGUAGAAGUGUUUUAGUCAAGAAGACCUGAGAAAGGUACCUAGUCUUAGAAGCCUUGUCAUUGUACAUUAUGUCGUUUGUAAUUCUAUAAGUGCCGAUGAAAAAAAAAAUCUGUUAUUUUUAAUGCUCGGCAUCAUUUAGGCUUUUUUUAUUGUCAAUAAAAGUUCUG